UGUUUGUUUUGCAAGUAACAAAUGCCACAUUUGACAGUCCACGUAUAAAGUAAUACUAAAAAUAUUUAUUUUAAUUUAAAAUAGUAUAUAAAAAUGAAAGAUAAUGAAGGAGCACAAUUGGAUAUGUACGAGGAUAUUUUGCCAGGAUCACUGGAAGGUGAAAUGACAGUGGCAGGUUUACAAAAACCAGUUAAUUCAGCUGGAAAAUUAGAAUUUAAUACCCUUGAUGAACCUAUACGCGAUACUGUGAUGAGAGAUCUUCGUGCAGUUGGAAUUAAGUUUUAUCAUGUGUUAAUACCAAAACAAAAGUCUAGCCUUCUUAAAGAGUGGGAUUUAUGGGGUCCUUUAAUACUUUGCACAUUUAUGGCCACAAUUUUGCAAGGAAAUAAUUCUUUUGAUAGCAAUGACGGAGGGCCAGAAUUUGCUGAAGUUUUCGUGAUAGUUUGGAUAGGAUCAAUGAUAGUCACACUAAAUUCUAAACUUUUAGGAGGAAAUAUAUCAUUUUUCCAAUCAGUUUGUGUACUGGGAUAUUGCCUCUUGCCUACAACUUUAUCACUCAUCUUGUGCAGAAUUAUUUUAUUAGUGACACAAACUACGCUGCUUUUUAUCAUACGCUUGUUGAUAACAAUAUGUGGAUUUUCUUGGGCCACCUAUGCUUCAAUCAUAUUUCUGGGAGAUAGCCAACCAGCAGAUAGAAAGGCACUUGCUGUUUAUCCUAUAUUUUUAUUUUACUUUGUAAUUAGUUGGCUUGUGAUUUCAAAUACAAAUACAUAAUAUAUUAAA